CGGGACCGUUUAUUAAACAGUGUUUUGUUGUGUAACGGUCGUUGGUCCGACUAACUGCACGAAGUCUACCAAAAUUCGAUCAAUAUGGCCAAAGUUGAACGGCUGAAUGCCCGAGUGGCCAAGUUGCUGACUAAAGUGGUGCAAGAGGUGCUGGACGCAGUGAGAGAGACAGUGUCCGAGUACCAGGACAAAACCGCCAGAACCCAGAGAGAAAACCAGAGUCUGAAAAGGAAACUGCAGGAGCUCCAGGACCAGAUCAGAUCUGAGAGCAGGGGAAUUUGUCCACCAGUUUCUCCUGCACCCCAGAGGGCUGAAGUUGAGCCGCCUUCGUUUGAGCUAAAACACAAAGCAGAGCUGGGAGAAGAUGUUCAACUUAUUUCUGUUUGUCCUGCAAAUACACACAAAGCCUCCGUGACAAUUCCAUCAUUAGCCUCUUCUAAUCGUACAGCAAGACCACAUGUGGGUGGAGAUAACUACCCAGUAACGCUUAAAAGAAUGAACGAAAGCAAUAAUACAGUUUCAUCACCGAUUUCAAGCCAUGCUAAAAACAUGAUUGUGGUUCCAAUCUCAGAAAAGGGCUCUGAUCCAGAUUCUCAUCUGCCCUUUGUGCCAGAAGAAAUCAAAGUAGAGCCUAAACUGGAUAAAAAUGACCUGCACACUCCAAAUUAUUUUUGCGAGGCAUCUGGGACAUUAAACACAGCAUCUUCUCAAGCCAGUGCAGGACUCUACAUGGACUCGGGCAUUGUUUUCGGUGUGGCCCCAAAUGGUACAGAACAUUCACUGGCAGGUGGGAGCAGUAGUAUGGUGGCUCACAGAUACAACAAUACCGCAGCGGAAAAAGAACAGAGUACUCCAGCAAACAACAGGGCAGACAUAGCGGCCACAAAACGGCAGCAGAGAUACGUCAGGACACAUUACGGCUGUUCGCUGUGCGGACGUACCUUCAGGCACGCGAGCGACUACAAGAAGCACACCAGAGUGCACACGGGAGAGAAACCGUACUGCUGCUCCGUGUGCGGCAAGAGGUUCAGUCAGUCGGGUUACCUUACUGUGCAUCUGCGCUACCACACAGGAGAGAGGCCAUUCGCGUGCGUGCACUGUGGCAGAGGUUUUAGUCAUUCGAGUAAUUUGAAGAAGCACCAGCAAACUCAUUUUUUAUCGCAUCAUUCAUCUGGAAAUUCUCAGUUGUUGUUCCAGUUAGCGCUUAGAUUACAUUCCGCAAUUUCUCAAAGUAGCUUCUUUUGGAGAGCAUGUGUGUGUUUAUUUAAUCAAAUAAAAACUAGCUCUUCCUCAAAUUACUUUUGUUUCAGGAUGUCGAAACUUGAACGUUUGAAUGCUCGUGUGGCAAAGCUUUUAAGUGAAGCAGUGCAGGAGGUGCUGAUGGUGGUGAAGGAGACGGUGACAGAGUACCAGGAGAAAACGGCAAGAACACAGAGAGAGAAUGAGAGUUUGAAGAGAAGGCUGCAGGAACUUCAGGACAAGAUUAUGAGAGAGAACACAUUUUUUAUACCACCAAAUGGCCUGUCAUCCAAAGACAAAGCAGACCCACAGGCUCCAGAUGGGCAUUUCAGCCUCAGUCAAAGGGAAAACCCAGAACUCCCUGAACUACAACAAAAAACAAUAAACAGCCACAAACCUGAUGAUGAUUUGAAGCAAGAAUCUGCAGGACAGCACCACUGCAGAGACACUGAACCACCUGUUGAGAGCAAAUGUCCACAAACCUCAGUGAAACCUUGUCAAACACAACCAGAGGUGAUGAUUGUCGACACACCACACGUUCCACUCAGUGCUGACUCCCAAAAUCCUGGAAUUCCUCACUCAAGCAUCCGUCAUGGGGUGAACCUGGCUGCCAUCAAAAACGAAUCUCUGCCAACACAACCACAACCUCUUGAAGGACGUUUCAACGGCAGUGAGGGUUUCAGCUGCAUCUCCACUCAACAAAACUCCACAGAGACGCACAGUCCUCAAGUUAGCACCGAACCUCAAAGACCUGUCUUUGUUCACUCGAACCACACCAUAUCCACGAGACGCGCCCUUGCAAAAACUAACAGGGCUGUGUUUAAUGGAAGAGAUGAGCUGCACCGAUGUUUCGUAUGCGGAAAGACCUUCAGCCGGAUGGGGAACUUGAGAAUCCACCAGCGGUGUCACACAGGGGAGAGGCCAUACGGCUGCGCGCAGUGUGGAAGGUGCUUCACUCAAGCCGGAGACUUGAAGAAACACAAGAGGGUUCACACAGGGGAGAAACCGUACUAUUGUAACCAGUGCGGAAAAAGCUUCAGUCGGGGGGAGAAUCUGAAGCGACACCAGAAGGUCCAUUUGGGAGAGGCACUGCUGCUGCAGCAAGUGUGGAGGGAGCAAACGUAAAACUUCACCGGGUGUUUGAACGCAGUGACGGACUCGGUGGAACCAGCAUGCUGCUGUAGUGAGGCUGUGACUGUUGGUCAGUACUUU